AUGGCUGUAAAGGCAGUUGCAGAGCUGAAGAAGGAGCUUGGAAAAUUGGUGGAUGCCCUUGUGGAGGAAGAUGAAGGAGACCACAAUUUGGGGAUAAUUGAUAAUGCCAUUAGAAAUCUGUGUGCUCUCAAGGGUUUGAAGCUUGCUAAUAAAGAUGAAGAAUUUGUUGAUUUUAAGAAUGUUUCUUUUCAGGAACCACCUCAGGAAUUCAAAUGUCCCAUUUCUGGGACUUUAAUGAUGGACCCUUUUGUUCUAGCUUCCGGUCAGACGUACGAGGAGACAUUCAUCCGAAAAUGGCUAGAAAAUGGCAACCUGAAAUGCCCCAAGAGUGACGAGCGGUUGCCCCACACCCUCCUCAUUCCGAAUCACUCGAUCAAGAAAAUGAUCACAAAUUGGCGUAACACGCGAGAAACCAACAUGCCAGCUGUUGUCAGCCUCAUCGUUGACGAUGAAAACCAUUCAUCAUCAGCAAAUGCAAACAGAGAACGCCUAGCAGAACUACUCAAAAGACUUCUGUCCUCGUUCGAUACAAAAGCCGCAAAAGAGCUUCGUUUGCUAACAUCGCGUUUCCCUUUAUUCCGAUCCAUUUUCGGAGAGCUAAAGUUCGCCAUCUCUUGUCUAUUCAACCAGCACCUACUCGAGAGGGCUUAUUUCGACCCGUGUCUUCAUGAAGACUUAAUUGCAAUCACCUUGAACAUUGCCACCCACGAACCCAGCAAGAGGAAAGUAAUAGAAACGGGCUCACUAGCCGUUAAUUUCCUCAUAUUGUCCAUGAGAAAUGAAAAUUUCGAGAUAAGACGAUAUGCUGUGGCUGCCCUGUCCGAAUUAUCAUCGCUCGAUUCGAACAAACACAUAUUGGGUAAGUCGGGUGCUCUUGGGCCUCUUGCCGAGAUAGUGCGAGAAGGGCACCCCUUGGUUUUAAAAGAUGCAUUAUCGACUAUUAAUGCCUUGUGUACUUUAACCGAGAAUAAAGAAAGGGCUAUCUCUGAAGGCGCAAUUAUUGCCAUUAUCGAAAAAUUGAAUGUUGAUCGUGUGCUCCUUGAUGAAAUGCUUGGGAUUCUUGCGUUGUUGUCGAGUCAUCAUAGGGCGAUCGACCAGAUGGAUGAGUGUGGGGUGAUUUUUCGCUUGUUUGGGUUAUUAGGCGAGGGGAUUAUCAGUGAGAGUAGUGAGGAGUUAUGUGUGGCUAUUGUUUACGCAAUGUGUUUUGGAGAUCGUAAGAAACUUAGAAAGAUUAGCGAGGUUGAGAAUGCGUACGAGAUUUUGUGUCGGGUCGCGAGGAAUGGGACUUCGAGGGCUAGAAGGAAAGCGAGCGGCAUUCUCGAGAGGUUGAAUAGGUUUGCUUUUGCUUUCGUUUCGCAUACGGCUUGA